AUGGGCAAAUUUGAGCAAAAAGAAAGGGAUAGUCUCAGCACUUUUAGUUUCCCUAACACAGGCAGUCAAUCUAGUACGUCCAUUAAAUCACUAGGUAGCCCACUGUAUGGACGUUUUAGCUCUCUCUCUUCCACGGAAUCACAGUUUGACAGUAGCAAACAACCACAUGAGUAUGAAAAAAGCUUCUAUUUUGAGGAGUCACAAGGUGAAGCUCUGUUCAAUAAGCUAAAAACUUACUCUUUUCCGGGAGACAAAGAUGAGAUGAAGACGAGAAGAAACUCUUCUAUAUGUCCAAGAAAACCUAAUGCUAUAUCCCCUUUAAGGAUAGAAAGUAAUGAAUUCUCUCCUCACUCGCAUUCCCGUUCAUUAUCACACGAAUUUACUAAGUCUUCUGGACGAAGAAAAAGCUAUCACAGGAAAAGUCAUGCAAUCUCACUUAGCAGGUCUUGUAAAACAGGUUUUAUUGACGAGUACCAUUCUAACUCAAGUACAAGCAUCAAUUCAAGAAAAACCUCGUUGGCGAGUUCCUUCUUGGAAAAGGAAUAUCAUUCUUCAUCAGGUACGUCAUACACCCAUCAAAUCUCUCCCAAAAGUACAAUAAUUAAUACCAAUGAACAACUAAGAAGAAACGCAAGUGGCAAGUUUGGAAGUUUGAAAGAAUUUGCUGAGAGAAAUCAGAUAAACAUUGAGGGUAAAGUUUUUGCUCAUAAAGUGGAAACGGGAGACAUAUUGCAACCACUAAUUGAUUUGGAUAUCGAGAAUGAAUGA